GAACCGAGUGGGGUAAAAAUAAGGGACCGAUUCGGUUAUUGAAAACCGAACCGAAUCGAGAUUUGUCACCAGGUUUAUAACCGAGUCACAAAAUUAAGCACCCCUAUAAAAUUGCAAGAGAUCCCACUGUUUCUCUCUUCUCUGGAAAUUAGGGUUUUCGCUUCUUCGCGUAUCGCCGCUAAGCUCUCAUCUCCGCGUUUUCGGUAGCCGUCGUCUACAGUCAGUCAAGAUGGAUUCUCAGAUAAAGCACGCCGUGGUUGUCAAAGUAAUGGGUCGUACCGGAUCCAGGGGUCAAGUGACUCAGGUUCGAGUCAAGUUCACAGACUCUGACCGUUUUAUAAUGCGCAAUGUUAAAGGACCGGUGAGAGAAGGUGAUAUACUCACUUUGCUAGAGUCCGAGAGAGAAGCAAGGAGACUUCGUUGAUGUGCAAGUGGAAACAAGAAAACAGGAUUAUGUCGUUGGCUAUUUUCUCUUUUGAUUUCUCUUCACUGGAUUAGUUAUUAUUCUUUUGGAUUAAAUUUUGUUGUUUUUUAAGACAAUUGCUGCAUUGAAAUCUCUUCUAGUUUUUUUUGUCUUCAAAGUUUCCUAAAUGUUUACCUCUGAAACUCUUUAUUAUCCAGACUUUUCCGCUCAUUAGGAAUUUAUUCUAUAUUCUUAAUCUGGUUAAACCACGUGAAAACCAUUUCUUCUUUUCUGUGAGGGGCAUCUCAAUCU